AUGGCGCUCGAAGACUUAAUGUUGGAUCAAUCAAAAGACAUUUCAUGGUUGUCUGACGUAUCGCAGCUGCGCGAGCUGGUUCUGGACAAUAACCAGCUCCGGGACGCAUCCGAGUUCCGCUUCAACGCACAGCUGACGACGCUGUCGCUGAACAAGAACUGCUUCGACAACCUCGACUACCUGGUGUCAUGCAUCGAGCAGUGCUACCCGUCCCUGACCUUCCUGAGCCUCCUGGGCAACCCUGCAUGCCCCGACCAGAUCAGCAACCCGGACAGGGACGACGACGACGACUACCAGAGGUACCGCUACUACGUGAUCCACAAGCUUCGGCAGCUGAAGUUCCUCGACUCCCGCGCCGUGGCUGGCGCCGAGCGGGCCGAGGCGCGGCGCGUGGGCGCCUUCAUGCGCGUCGCCCGGCCGCCGCUGCACGUCGGGGGAUCGGCGCCCUGGGCCGACGGCGGCUCGGACUCGGAAGCCGACGCCUACCGGUACACGCCGCUGCCGCUGGUGCCCACGCACAACAUUGGACGCCAGCGCAAGACCGUCUACGGGAUGCUCAAGUACAAGUACACCGGCAAGCACUCCGAAGGGAACCGUUUCAUCCGCAAUGACGAGCUCUGAACUGCGCCCUCGUACGCAUGUACGCUCGAUGUACGACGCCCUGUGCACCCACGGGUCACGUCGUCGGCAGCGCAGCCUUUGUACGCGUAGCUGCGUGCGCUGCCGCUCUUAUAGCCGCAUAACAUUCUGGAUAUAGUGGAGCGUUAUUGAGCCACGUACCUUGAUGGGACAGCUAAUGGGCGCAAAAAAAAAGAAAAGGAUGACACGAUGCAUGAACAAGCAUAAACGAUAAGGUAACCUGUGUCGUGUGCUCUUCGUGUUCCAAGUUGCGUUGUGGGUACUGUGUGCUGCCAUUACCGUCGCUGUGUGUCUGUAUUUUCCACCUGUUCUGUGUAAGUGUUACUAUAUAGGCAUAUCGACGAAGAGAACCUAUAUGUCGGCCGUUCUAGGUGCACCUACCAGCGAUAUUGUACAAUCGUGUGUAAGAGGCGUGUGGUAUGUUCUGCUGCCACGAGGAAAUGCCUGGAAUUCGACAUGCGGCGAACCUUGGACGUGCGCCGUGAAUUCUCAAAUAGUACACGCGAUAUCAUUUGGACUUGUUUGUGGCUUCCUUCGCAUACCAUGUCAGCAGAGCUGUUGACUAUUGCGACACCGAUUCGUACCAAAUUUGUUACAUCAAAUUCGAAAGCACAUAUUAGCAACAUGCGUAUAGGGUAUUUUCAGUGAUGACUCAAAGAUGACUGUACUGUGGAUUUUAGAAUGUGGACCAGCUGCGAUUCCUUGUACAGGGUGUGACAAGCAGGGCGAAAAAAGAACUGGAAGAAAGCUUAUCAUUCCAGCAUAACACCCAAGCUGCCCCACGUGCUCUUGUAGAAUUGUGAUUGGUUUUUCUAGCAACAAGAAAAGGUUCGUGACCAUCUUUUUUUGUACAUGUGCAGAUACUCUACACUUGCACGUUAUUUUGUAACGACGAUGCUUCUUCGGCUCAAUUAAGAAUUCUUGCGUGUUCAUUACUGGUGGAUACGACUCUUGUGCAGUGCAAAAUGUGUAAAAUGUCUUGCCACGACAAAUGUUGAGUGAUUGCAGAAACAAAAAAAGCGUUUUUCUUUGCUUUUUUUAAAUCCA